AUGGCGUUGUCGGCCGGUGUAUCUAAAGAUGCCCUCAGACCGCCACUGCUUUUCGCCGCCUCUGCAACUCUAACGACAGUGGCCCUACACUUCCCGACUCAUACGCAUAGGUCAUUCUUUUUCCCGGCAUGGCUACUUGCAGCAUGGUCGUUACUCUCUGUUGAUGAGGAUAAUGCAUCAUCGUUGAUUGGUCUAGGCUCUUACACGGUCAUUACAAGCUUCAUAUUCAUGCUCAUACUUCCCAACAUUCUCUUCGGACAGAGUCGCUUAGUGUUAUGCAACAAGCCAAAGACACGAAGGAGCGCAUACUGUCCUCAGUCACAGACCAUCUCAGCGGCAUGCUGGAUUUGGAACAACCCUCGUCAUCUGACCUUUCGCCUCAACACCACGGCGACAUGGUCUUCUCGCGCUCUUUUCAUCAUUCGGCGAGCAUUGAAGGUCGGCCUGCUUCUCGUCGCCAACAGCUUUGUGAAUAAAGCCCACAUAUACCUCAAAGCCGACCUCUUAGACUUUACUCCGGAUAAAUAUCCAAUCAUCCGCCCCAUCAUCUCACAAAUAGUCUUCGAUUGCAGCCGUGAUGACUGCACUUACAGCCCGGUAUCACAACGCCAAAUCUUUCUACGUAUCUUCACGGUCUUCUCCUGGAUAUGGUCCAAUUUCCUAAUCCUCGAAUCAUACCACGCCAUCCUAUCCACAACUUUCGUCCUCCUCGGCAUCGACAACCCAAAAGAAUGGCCACCUUUGUUCGGCAGUAUAACCGACGCCUGGACCGUCCAACGUUUCUGGGGCCGCUUCUGGCACCGCAUCGCGACGCCCACACUCACAACAUGGACACACACCAUUCUGCGAAUCAAGAACGAGCCGCAGACCACGUUUGAAAAAGCGGCCGUCGCAUUUGGCGUGUUCUUCCUCUCUGGGAUCAUGCACAUGACGGCUGCCUGGAGAACCGGCGAAGGAUACCUGCACUUGGACGUGGCGUUCUUCUGUGCCAAUUUCUUUGCGAUCGCAGUUGAGAUCGCGGUGUCCCGCGCGUGGAUGCAGGUGGUCAGACGAGCGAAGCUGAAGCCUGGGGCGGAAGCACGGGUGUGUCUAGCUAGUCGCUGGUUUGGCUACUUGUGGACCUUUGCAUGGUUCUUCUGGAUGGCGCCGAGGUGGUUGUAUCCCAAGACGCUGCGGUGGUUAAUCAAGCAGGCUCUGGCACAGUCUCAUACGCUGCUGUGA